CUUUUGCACCACCACCUGCACUGCUGUGACCUCGACCACCAAAACGGUCAUCCAAACUUCUACAGUAAACCCCUCCCUCCCUUUCUUUUUUCCCCUCUCACACCACCCUCAAUCCUUAGCUCAACCACCAUUGCCAACGCUUGCCACACGAAUAAUCCCUACUGUAAGCAUGACCUCAAUUUUUCACGCACUAAGCUUCACUCUCUCUAUCGUCAACUCCAAGACUUGGAACCCCCACCACUAGCGCCAAACGACAGCUAUCGGCCCUCCCAAACCACUCCACCCCGCUGUCAGCCCAGGAAAGAGAAAACUUCGCAAACAAACCUCCAUUGACCUGUCACUGACACCCUUCUUCUCUUCCAACAGAUUUAAUUGUCCUUUCAACCACUCUCAACUACAAUCAUGGGUGUUCAAGAUAUCCUCAGCCGCAAGAGCGGUGUUAUCGUUGGUGAUGAUGUGCUCAAGCUCUUCAACUACGCUCAGGAGCACAAGUUCGCCAUCCCCGCUAUUGUGAGUCUUCCCCAAAUGAUACCCUACCGAAAUUGAGAGACUGACUUGCCAUAGAACUGCACUUCCUCCUCUACCGUCGUCGCUUCCCUCGAGGCUGCUCGCGAUGCAAAGGCACCUAUCAUCCUCCAAAUGUCCCAAGGUGGUGCUGCAUACUUCGCUGGAAAGGUACAUCUAUAGAAUUUCAGAAGUUGAUAGAGUUGUGGUUUCUGACAUGAUGCAUUUAGGGUGUUGGCAACAAGGACCAAGAGGCUUCAAUCGCCGGUGGUAUCGCUGCUGCUCACUACAUUCGCGCUCUUGCUCCAGCAUAUGGUAUUCCAGUCGUUUUGCACACUGAUCACUGCGCCAAGAAGCUCCUCCCAUGGUUGGAUGGGCUUAUGGAUGCUGAUGAGAAGUACUUCAAGGAGCACGGCGAGCCCCUCUUCUCCAGCCACAUGAUCGAUUUGAGCGAGGAGGAGGUCGACUACAACAUCCAAACCACUGCCAAGUACCUUAAGCGAGCUGCGCCAAUGAAGCAAUGGCUCGAGAUGGUUCGUUUUGAUCCUGUAGCGUAAUGUGUUUUUUUCGAGGCUAAUGAAUCUUUCCAGGAAAUUGGUAUCACCGGAGGUGAGGAGGAUGGAGUUAACAACGAGGAUGUUGACAACAACUCCCUCUACACGCAGCCAGAAGAUAUCCUUGCCAUCUACAAGGCUCUUCAGCCAAUUUCACCUUACUUCUCCAUUGCUGCCGGUUUCGGUAACGUCCACGGUGUUUACAAGCCAGGAAACGUCAAGCUCCACCCAGAGCUUCUCGGCAAGCACCAAAAGUAUGUUAAGGAUAACAUCGGAGCCAAGGAGGAUAAGCCAGUUUUCUUAGUCUUCCACGGAGGAUCCGGAUCCUCAAAACAAGAGUUCCUCGACGCUAUUUCCUACGGUGUUGUCAAGGUCAACCUCGACACUGAUCUCCAAUAUGCCUACCUUGAGGGUAUCAGAGAUUACGUUCUCAACAAGAAGGAUUACCUGCUGAAGCAAGUCGGUAACCCAGAUGGAGAUGAUAAGCCAAACAAGAAGUACUUUGAUCCCCGAGUCUGGGUCAGAGAGGGUGAGAAGACCAUGUCGGCGCGUGUUACUGAGGGGUUGAAGGAUUUCAACACUGCGGGGCAAUUGUAG